CCUCGUCUCCGCUGGACUCGCUCCGACGCCCCUGAUCUCAUUCCUACCCGGACUUCAUCCGAAUUUUGCUUCGAAGGCUCUUGGGUAUAAAUCCUGAGCUGGUUUUAAUCUCACUGGACCCCUGGACGCCAUCCCUGGCACACAUCGACCUUUGUUUACAUUUUCAAUCCCUUUUCCCCCCUCCCCACAACACCCUUGACCGGUAGCUCAAGGGCUUCACAAUCAAUUCUCUCUUGUUCAAAGCAGUAUUUCUUUCAAUAUUCUAGGCACAAUGACUCUAUACUACAGUCUUGUAUUCUGCCUCUUGGUGUUUGAGAUGGCUGUCUUCAUGGGCCUCAUUGUCCCUAUGCCGUUCGUCGUUAAGCGGAAACUGUUUGCUUUCAUUUCGGAGAGCCCGGUUGUAGCGAAGCUUCAGUAUGGUUUGAAGAUCACCUUUAUCUUCAUCCUUAUCCUCUUCAUUGACAGCGUCAACCGAGUGUACCGUGUGCAGCUCGAGCUGGCUGCUUUCCACAAGGAUGGUAGCCAUAUGGGAGCCGCCGCCCUCGGCACCGACCGCAUGGAAGUGCAGGCCCGGAAAUUCUACUCCCAGCGCAACAUGUACCUCUGCGGCUUCACUCUCUUCCUGUCUCUCAUCCUCAACCGCACUUACAGCAUGAUCCUGGACGUCCUCCGCCUGGAAGACCGCGUCAAGCUCCUAGAGGGUGACAAGAAGGCCGGCGGCAAGGACUCCGCCCGUGUCGCGGAGGCCGGUGAUGUCGGCGAGAUUGGCCGUCUGAAGGAAGAACUCGCGGCCAAGGACCGUGACAUCGAGACCCUCAAGAAGCAAGCCGAGGGUCUUACCCGUGAAUACCACUCCCUGGGCGACAAGGUCUCUGGCGAAAAGGAGGAAGGCGCCAAGAAGGACCUAUAGACCUGUUUCUUGCUUUUGGGCGGAGUUAGGUCCGAUUUGUUCUGGUCGAUUGAUUGCUUUGUCCGCUCCACCGAUGGACACAUAAAUUGGUCUGGAAUGAUGAGUUAGUGGAGAGCCGAUCCUAUCCCGGUGGGUAGGGCUGAUGGCUUGUUGUCAUCACGAGUUCGGGCAUUUAUUUGAAUGUUUCUUAACUUGUUUUGUGAUUUCCGCAGCAGCAGUAGCGUUACUUGUGGAAGACUUGUUUUAAAACUGCUAAAUGUUGAUAGCCUUUAAUGAUGGUUUAUCAAAGUAUUGUUUUC